AUGAUUCUCAAAGAAUUUCCAACUAAAGAUUCCACAACUGUACACCAUUUGCCUAUAACAAGAUUGAUGCUCCAAACUUCAACCGCAGUUAACGAAAACCACAUCAGAAAGCUCUUAGAAUUACAAGAUAACGAGUGCAUUGACAGCAUAGAAGAGAAGAAGCCUGGAAAAGGUCUUUCUGAUAUGAUUUAUCAAAGGCUCAUUAAUGUUGUUGCCGCUAUUGCUGAAGAACUUUACUCUACCCACAAAAUGUACGAUGUGAAACAAUAUCCUUUAACAUCAAUAUAUGAAUUGAAUAUAUACGUGGCUGAUAAGUUCCCUUUUCUAUUCUACAAGCCAGUAUACCCUUCCUUGUGUGAGCAGAGAAUAGAAAAAAUUAAAAAGGAUGAUAUCAAUGCAGAAGAAGAAGAAGAAGAUGAUGACAUAGAUAAAGAGUCAGUGUUGUUUAAAAAAAACACCAGUAGUUGCAAUCUGAACUGUACUCAGUGUUGCUUAAUCAAGAGGGUUCCAAAAUUCAUCGAGUUCUGGCCUAUAACAUUACUUUUGAAAGAUGCCUACAUUACGGUUCUUAACAAUAAGCUCAAAGAUGUUGACUGCAGAGUAAGAAUAUAA